UUUGUGCAUUUGUUGCAGCCACUUAAAGACUGUUAAAAGAUCUCCCUCUGCAGAAAGCACCUCAAGGACCAUUGAGGAUUCUUUAGGAACGGGAGCAUAAGUAUCAUGAAGAAGAACUGAAGCUGAACGACUUAUGGACAAAGACAGAAGGGACAUGGAAUGACUGUCCAUGGUGAGGAGUUUCAGUCAAACUUGCCCAAAAGGCAAGGGAUCUAGAGGAAAAAGAGACUGAUAGAGGAGCUGGAGAAAACAUCUUGGCAGGAAGGCUGCACAAUGAUUUUCCCUCUGGUGGUUUCACUGGUUCUCCAGUUGGUCUGUCGCCCUGUAUCUUCUCUCCAGGGGGAACCCCAGGAAAUCGACAGCAGAGAUGAAAUCCAAGAGAGGGAUUACAUCUAUGGACAACGUCAAAAACGUGCCGUGGCCGCAGAACCCACCAUCUCUGAAACAGACAAAUGCUCCUACACUUUUAUUGUCCCUCAGCAGAAAAAUACCGGGGCCAUCUGUGUUAACUCCAAGGAGCCGGAGGCCACGCUCGAGAACCGAGUCAAUAAGCAGCAACUGGAGCUGCUGAACACCGAGUUGCAAAAGCAGCGACGACAGAUUGAGGCACUGCAACAGCUGGUAGAGGUAGAUGGAGGAGUGGUGAACGAGGUGAAGCUGCUGCGCAAGGAGAGCCGAAACAUGAAUGCUCGUGUCACACAGCUUUACAUGCAGCUGCUGCAUGAGAUUAUCCGCAAACGUGACAAUGCUUUGGAAGUGUCACACCUGGAGAACCGUGUGUUGAACCACACCUCUGAGAUGGGAAGGCUGGCUGCACGCUACCGUGACCUUGAGCACAAGUAUCAGCACCUGUCAGUGCUUGUAGGAAACCAGAGUGCUCUAAUUGUGCAGUUGGAGGAGCACUGUAAACGGAGCAUGCACUCAUAUGGCACAGAGCGAGAAAGAAGCCGUCAAGUCCGUCCACCUGUGAUCCCUCCCCCUCCACAGAGGCCUGCAACACCCAUGAACACUAAACCCUACCAGCCACCAACCUACACCCGCCACACAAACAACCAGAUUACAAAUGAGAUCCAGAGUGACGAGAACUCAAAAGCGUUACCACCUCCACCGCCUACAAUGCCAAGUGGUGCACAGAGUUUCUCCACCACAAACAAGCCCUCAGGUCCUUUCAAAGACUGUCUACAGGCUCUGGAGGAUGGCCACACCACCAGUGGCAUUGUUCUUGUGAAGCCAGAAAACACCAACCGCCUUAUGCAGGUUUGGUGUGAGCAGAGACACGACCCCGGUGGCUGGACCGUCAUUCAGAGGCGUCAGGAUGGCUCUGUCAACUUUUUCAGGAACUGGGAGACUUACAAGCAAGGGUUUGGAAACAUAGAUGGUGAAUACUGGUUAGGCCUGGAAAACAUCUACUGGCUAACUAACCAAGGGACCUACAAGCUCCUGGUGACGCUGGAAGACUGGUCUGGACGCAAGACAUUUGCAGAGUAUGCCAGUUUCCGCAUCGGGUCUGAGGCGGACUCCUACAAGCUGAGGGUGGGCCGGUACCAUGGCAAUGCUGGAGACUCUCUCACAUGGCACAACGGCAAACGUUUCACUACACUGGACAGAGACCAUGAUGCCUACACAGGUAAUUGUGCCCAUUACCAGAAGGGAGGGUGGUGGUAUAACGCCUGUGCUCACUCUAACCUGAACGGUGUGUGGUACCGCGGUGGGCAUUAUCGCAGCCGCUACCAGGAUGGUGUCUACUGGGCUGAGUUCAGAGGUGGAGCUUAUUCCCUGAAGAAAGUGACCAUGAUGAUCCGGCCCAGUGCAAACACCUUCCACUAA